AUAAAGUAUAAAAACACUCAAUUCAGUGACCAAAAACAUAAAUAAAGAAACAGAAGACAGAGACGUUUUUUUGAAAGCACAGAACAAUGAAACUCUUCAUUUUUUACGGUGUUCUGGUUUUAGCUGUGCUUCAGUAUAGCCGAAGUGUUGGUGCCACGAAAGUGAAAUUUGGCUCCAUCUGUAGUGGCAACCCAAAUAACCAAAGAAGAGGAUGUGAUGAUUAUGGAUGUGGAGGCUUUGGAGCCAGCAAGUUGAAAUUAAAUGGUGUCAAAAUAAUACACAAAGGUCUUGACAUUGUGUGUCAGGAUGGAUCUACAAUUUAUGCACCAAUUAAUGUGACGCUGAAUGGCAAAGUAGUUCUGGACAAGGCAAACAAUGCUAUCAAUGAUGGCAUAACUCUGGAAGGACAAGGUCUUUGCUUCAAGAUCUUCUACGUUAAGCCAGACCGUUACUCUGGCGCUACUCUGAAGAAGGGACAGAAGAUUGGAAUCAUGCUCCCAAUGCAAAAGGUUCAUCCUGGAAUCAAAUCCCAUGUUCAUGUGGAGAUGUGUGACAAAUCAAAUCCCACCAAAUACUUCUAAUAUCCUACUGGAGAUGAUGACCACCUGCAGUUGCUCAAGGUUUCUCUGAGGACUUUUAUCAACUCAAAAUGAGGAAAAACAUCCACAUUAAACAUUACUUCUGCCAACAACCCACUAUAUUUAAUUGCAACU